CAGUUCACCUCGUGCCUUCAAUCCAAACAUUUGGAGUAACAGACUCAUUUGAGUAGUGGUAUUUCAUAUCAAAUCAACAUCAAAAAAUCCAACAUGCAGUUCUUCAAGAGUGCUUUCUGUCUGAUUGUGGUUGUUGCUGCCGUUGCCGCCUACCCUGGCCACGCUGAGAGCUACGCUAAUCACAACAGUCAUCACCUUGGUGGAGACUAUCAUCACGAAGAGGAGCACUACCACGCCCCCUCCCCAUACAAGUUCGAAUACGGCGUUAAGGACUUCCACACUGGGGACAACAAGGAUGCGUGGGAACAUUCCGAUGGGCACGUGGUUAAGGGCGCCUAUUCCUUCCAAGAGGCUGAUGGCACGAAGCGUGUGGUGGAAUACACCGCCGACAAAGUGAACGGAUUCAAUGCUGUGGUUAAGCGAAUCGGACAUGCCGAUCAUCCCCAUCACUAUCAUCACCAUCACGAAGAAGGUCAUUAGGCCAUAAAUCCACUAGGACACACUCUUCAUCUAUUCCGGAUUCAAUCAACCACAUCAAAUUCUCACAUUCAACACACAUCUUCCGACAAGUCAAUCAUGUGAAAAGAAAAAUUUCAAUUUGAUUCAUGCACAUACCGUGUAACCAAAGUCAAUAAAAUAUAAAUAGGAGAAUUUGAA